AUGAGACGGUUGAGCAGAGCAACACCAACUGACACGGAGCCGGAGGACCUCAAAAAUGUGCCGAGUUCGAGUGGAUUUGUGUUUGGAAGGCCCCAGAAUCACUACACAUCGACUCCACAACGACCGGAAAACUUGAAGAUUGCUCAACCGACAUCAACAGUUCGUGCCGCCAUCCGACAACCAUUGAUGUCAUCAACACCAUUCCCAACAUCGAGUCGACCAUCUAGCGCUGUUUUCAAUACUCCGUCAAUUGCAUCGUCAAGGUUUCCGUCCUCCUCAUCAUGCUCUACAUCAGGCCGAGAUUCUUCCCACCGAGAUCGACUUAUCACACUACGCCACAGGAUGAACAAGGAAUUUGGAAACCGUCAGCUUGUCGGUCCACCAUCUCAAAUGGAGUAUGAGCAUGACGAGACGAUGAGUACGGUGUCGGAUGCACCAAGUCUACACUCUUGGCACCACAAAAUGAUAGUGAAAAACGAGACAGUGGUCGUCAAGGCGUCUGACACAAUGAGUUCGUGUGCUGCACCAAGAUCCGACACUGGUUUUGCAACGUCACCCAUCAGUCCAUCCGCUUCCGCUGUCGAUGCCACCAUCACCCCAAUGAGAGUGAACAUCCCAGCAUCUGAUGACACUAGACACCGCUCCUCGACAUGGAGUCCUACAGACAGCAGUUGUUCUGGAAUCUCACCCAGCACUCGCAUCCCACCGCCAAUACCAUCUCGUGCUCCGGUGACUUCACCGGUACUGCAGUCUCCGCUGGUAAGCCCAUUCACAAUGGUCGCCCCAAUGCCACGAUGUCCACCACCGUUGCCACCCCGGACCCCUUCGAUGAAACUACCAGAUCCAAUUGCUUUCGAAGUGGAGACUCGAAUCGAAGAAGAGCGGAAGAAGCAUGGUGUCCAAAGAGAAGUGUCUGUGGGAUCGUCGAGAAGUAGUGAUGCUAUUGCUUACUCAACACCUGAAGGGAAAUUCUCGACUCCAGAUGGAAAAUUCUCAACUCCGGAGGGGAAAUUCUCAGCAGGAGAGAACAAAGAUUCCAAAGGACACCGCAAGUCAAACUCCAUUGAUCGCGGACUCACUAUUGCUAAAGUGAUGAAGACCGGCCCCUUCCCUCCCAACGUUCUUGCACUAGGAGGACGUGAGGCUACUGGAGAAGAGGAGGAACGAAAUGCGGUUGCCGAAGAAGUUAUCAAGCAACUCACCACCGACGUUGAAUCAGCUCACAACCUUCCGGACUGUGCGAACUUGGAAUCAACAAGUCUAGAAACCAUCCCAUCAGCUUCUAAUUCAUCCGCUUCCUCCCCAUCCUCCGGGUCACAUGCCUGCUCAAAACUCGGUAUCAACAUCCCCGAACCCAUCCCAGAAGAGCCGCCAUGCUCAUCAAAAUCUUUUGGUGCACUCGAGUCGGUGAACAGUUUGAGUCCUGCCAAAACUGUAACGAAUCGCAAUUCGAGGAGCAUGUCGAAUGAUGAAUUGAGGACUAUCAAAUCAGACAAGUUGUCAUCGUCGGUGGACCCAAUAACUUUGGACGUUGAACGACGAUUAAGUAUGAAGAGAAGUGGUCAACACGAAGUAGAUCAACAUAGUCUUGGAUCUCUUGAUGAAACCACCUCCAACCGUACAUUGUCUCGAACUGGAAUCGGAUCCGCUGCAUCUUUCGCCAGGAAUUCAGUACGAUAUGCUAGUGGAGUGCUGCGUGGAGCAUUGAAGAGAGUUCGAAUUGCUGCACACCCAGGAUCCAGCAACAUUGCUCGUCAUGGAAUCGGCGAAGAAACCAGUGAUGGAGAAGAGAGUGAUGAGCCCCACCACGCAUCCGUCGCUCCGAGCAACAUUGUGAGACCUCGAAAAAGCAAAAAAGGACCGUAUGACUUCGAACACCUCACUAUUGAACAAGAGCUCAACAAUGAGCACACAGGAGCGAUAUGGUGCAUCAAAUUUAGUAUCUGCGGAAAACUUAUGGCAACCGCUGGACAAGAUUCGAUUCUCCGAAUCUGGGUGGUUCGUUCCCACUUACAGUACUUCUCAGAAAUGAGGGAAAAGUACUCAGCCAACGCUUCUACUGACGCGGAUCCAAUGAAUCCAGUGGAGAAUAUGGAACAGUUCAGACCACCGAGCUCUAUGGAGAGCGUUGUGAAUAGUGAGGCGACUACGGCCUCGUCGUCGGAUGAUAACAAUGGGCUCUUCUGUGCCAAGCCAUUUGCACUGCUCAAAGGUCACACUGCUGACAUCUUGGACGUCUCCUGGUCCAAAAACUACUUUAUCCUUUCAUCUGGUAUGGAUCGGACCGUAAAACUGUGGCACCUCUCUCGAAAUGAGUGUCUGUGCUGUUUCCAACACAUUGAUUUUGUCACAUGUGUUGCUUUUCUGCCAAAAGACGACCGAUACUUUCUGUCUGGAUCACUGGAUGGUAAACUUCGCAUGUGGCACAUUCCGGAUAAGAAAGUAGCGGUUUGGAACGACACUGAGAAGAGAUACAUUACGGCGAUGACCUUUGUCAAGAGUGGCAAGUUUGCGGUCGUCGGAACGUACGAUGGAAAAUGCAUUUUCUACACUUCAGAUCAGCUCAAAUACCACACCGCCGUCGAUGUCCGUUCCACUCGAGGUAAAAAUGCAAGAGGACACAAAGUCACUGGUUUGACGUCUCAUGGUGACAAGUUAUUGGUCACUUCCAACGAUUCUCGGAUUCGGAUGUACGACAUCAGGGACAAGGCGCUCACAUGCAAGUUCAAAGGAGUGCAGAACGACCAUUCCCAAAUUCGAGCUGCCUUUUCUCCGGAUGGUCGACACAUUAUUUGUGGCUCGGAGGACAAAUUCGUCUAUAUCUGGAGAGCCAGUGACACUACAGUUGCAUUGUCGGUUCGAAAAGAUAGAAACUCAUGGUGGGAGCGAGUGAGGACCCACAAUGCACCAGUGCCGGUUGCAGUCUUCGCUCCGAGGCCGCAGGUGUUCUUCAACAUGCUCAAUAGGAGGGAUAAACAUGCAAAGUCUGAUUCCAUCGACUUCAAUAUUGGUAAUUUAAGUGUUGGUGGUGGAGGAGGAGGCGGACAAUCGGAUUCAUUGAACUCCAAUGGAAACUUGUCGAUUCCAGGACAUGUCAUCGUCAGUGCCGAUCUUAACGGAGUUAUAAAAGUGAUGGUGAAUCGGCCACGUCUCGUCAAAGCAAACCCGUUGGAAUCCAAAAACUCGAGGUCGAGGUCUUCCACAUUGAUGUCAUAA